AUGGUGGUCUGUCGGAAUGGUUUUGGAAAAUUUAGGUACCUGUAUUGGUAUAUUAGGGGAAACCCCAAUAACUACACUAGAGUUAUGUUUACCCAUGGGAGCUCCCCCCCCCCGAACUACUGAAGCAUGAGGACGGGGGUGGGAAGGGAAGUUCAUCAGGAUCAAGGUUGGAGAGAGAACGAUUAGACCUCCCCUCCCUGUACCCUGUUGUCCUAAUGAAGAUUGGGGAGGGGGGCACACCUGUAAUUAAAUUAAGAAAAAUCCCAGAUGCAGCUGCUAAUUACACAUUUAGACUAACGUGUAGUUUGGCCCUCAGGGCCUGUUGUGAUGGUGUUGUUGGUGUCUCUGAAGCUCUUGGCAGGAGCAGGGAUGGUCUUGACUCAAUACGAUUUCCAUUUUUCAGUAUCUGCACCCUCUGUGCUCAUUUGACUCCUCUGCCAAUAUGUAUGCAUUAUGUUGCUGGAAAAUGAAUAAAAUGGAAUCCAGAUGGCAGCUCUCUGUGCUAUUGAUUUGACAUUUGCAAGCUAAAAUAGGAACUUAGGAAGCCAGCAUAAUUAUAAUUUCCCCCCUCUAUUUUUGAAUCCUGUUUCUGAACCUUUAGCAGCAGAUAUUUUGUGGGUGAAACUCUUUUCCUGGUGUGGGGUAAAUUGAUGUGGAAAACUGCUCAAUUUCUCUUUGUUGGUUUGCUGUUGAAUGCAGAAGGGUACAGAUGGGGGAGGAAAUUGAUUUAGUUUGCAUUUAAAGCUGAAAUUCCCUAAUUUGCACUUUCCGAAAUUAUACAACAGGGGUCAGCAAACCUUUUCAGCAGGGGGCCGGUCCACUGUCCCUCAGAUCUUGUGGAGGGCGGGACUAUAUUUUUUUUGGGGGGGGGAUGAUUGAAUUUCUGUGCCCCACAAAUAACCCAGAGAUGCAUUUUAAACAAAAGCACAUAUUCUACUCAUGUAAAAACCCAGGCAGGCCCCAAAAAUAACCCAGAGAUGCAUUUUAAAUAAAAGGACACAUUCUACUCAUGUAAAAACACGCAGAUUCCCGGACCAUCUGCGGGCCGGAUUUAGAAGGCUGUUGAGCCGGAUCUGGCCCCUGGGCCUUAGUUUGCCUACCCAUGCUAUACAAGAAGUGAAACACAGCCGUCCUUUGUAAAAAGUUUGUAAAAAGAAUGAGAAUCCGGGGGAUACCAGAUUUUACAGAUUUGCCCAUCCCAACUGAAGAGCAGGGCCUGUAAAAUGUCUUCAGUGCUAGCAGUCUUGAAGAUGAGGAUUUUGCAACGCUUUAGUGGUGCUACAGAUGAGACUUGGAAUGACAUCUAUUCACCACAGCGUAGUGGGAGUGCUUUGGUUUGAUCACCCAUUCUUUCAUCUCAUAUCAAAUGCUUUGGAAGGCUGUGAAUCUGUGUUCAAGCCACUUUCACAGCACUAUGGAACUUCCUACAAUGUUGUGAACUGACAGGACAGCGGGGAGGGAGAAGAGUAUCCCAUCGAGGGGUGUAGCUAUGACUGGGACACACCAGUGCAGACUAAUGAUGGAGAAAGGGGGUGAGGGCUUGGGGCUUAGGAGGUACUCAUAGGAUGGCAAGGGGGCAGUGGUCAGUUCACAGGAACCAGAGGAAGGGGACACUUUAAGAAAAACACUGGGGCCUAAUUUGAUUAGUAGAAUGCCUGGCAUCUGGUGGGCGGGGCUUCUGCGCUGUGCUCUGGAAUUGGCCCCUCCCUCCGGGUGUUCCGUUCAGUUCAGUUAGAGAGACCAACUGCCGUUCUCGCCUCACGAUGUUGUUUUAGUUUCUCUCAGACAGUGUGUUAUGGUGUUACAGUUUUCUUUAUUAUUAAAGAAAGCUUUGUUUGACAUAUACAUGAGCCGCUUAUGUUGCUGAAAGAAAAGAAAAUAAACUCUGCUGAAGAAGGGUGGAAUAUCCUCAAGUUGGGUGAGUUAAGGGAUAUUCACAGUCUGACAGGAGGACUGAUUUUUUAAAAUCACCCCCACAUCACCAGAGCCAGAGGGGCCCCCGUCUCUGUGAACACAGCCGGCUCUGAGGUGUCAGGAACAGCAAGAGACUGAAGCAAGCAAGGGAACACAGCCCAGCUCACUGACCAGGUGGGGCUCAUUAGCUCUGGGAGGAGGGCUGUGGCCCCUCAGCUGGAUUAGGCUCAGGGCAGGGGAGGGUCACAUGCCUCGUCAAGCCCAGAUGCUUCAUUCAAGAUCCAAGGGAUGCAGGCAGAGGCUCUCAGUUUGCUCAGCUUUCCCUGUUGAUGGACCCUGGCUUGGGUGUUUCAGGAGCUCUAAGGGACUUUGCUUUUCAGGACUGCAGCAGUGGGAGCCUGGCCUGACUGCUGAAUUUUGGACUUGGCUCACUGUAUCGAACCGGGACCGUUUUUCUCAACCUGUUGGAUUGCCAAACUGCUCGCUAGCAUCCACCCUUGGAACUGUACACCAGCAGGACUUGCUGUCAGGUACGCCGCGGUUCAAGACAUACAGCUCCUGUUGUUAAUCAGAAGCUAUGCUUUUUUUCUGUUUUAAACAUCCACACAUCCCUUUAAGUGCAGGAGAAGAUAUCCCCCCCCCCCCGGGCCCACCACCCUAUACAUGUGUCAGUGUGACCAAAGAAGGAGUUCAAAGUUAAAAUUUUGGAGGAAUUAUGCCCAUAUGCAUGUCAAUUCAUGGAAAAUAUUGUGGAGGGGUGAUGGUAAAUUCACUUCAAAGUUUAAAUAAGCUUGGAUAGUAUUUUAAAUUGCUGGGAGCUUCAAUAGCAGUUUUAAUCCCUCUUAUUGUGUGGUCAUUAACCAGUAUAAAAUGGUAUAGAAGUGUCUUUCUGUCCUUCAUUCACCCCCCCCCCCAAAAAAAUAUUUUUUUUCACUUGCUUACACAAGAAGCACCUUUCUGCCCUUCAUAAAUGGCCACUAAGAGCUGGAAAGAGGUGUUUUAAAUGGCACAGUUGAAGCCAGUCUAAAAUGUUGUCUUGUGUCCAUUUAAGCAGUAAAAGUUGCCUCCCCUUCAUUGAAAACAAUAGUUACUAAAUGAAACAAUUUGCUUUUAGAACAUUGAAUGAUACAUUUCUCUUUAAGUUCUUUUUAACUUUCUGCUAUUUGUAUUGUUUCUAAAGAGCGCCUAUUGUUCUACUUGCUGUGAAUAUUUUUUGUUUCCAAUAUCCUUGAGUGGAGAGAAUAUGUUACAGCAGCUCAAUGGUACAACAGUUCGUGAUUUAUCUAUCAAAGGUAUUUAUAGAGCAGUAGCCACCAUAAUGUUCAAGCUUUGCCUCUACUUGCUAUCUAGAUACAAACAGAAAAAUCUUUUGCUGGUAGCAAAUUUAAUAUUCAACCCCUGAUGUUCUAGGGGCCUGGAAUUCAUGCAGCUAUUUAAAAGUGAAAUUGAUUGUAAAAUGAUUUAGGGCAAAAAUUGGAAAUUUCUGUAAGAUUAGAAAGAAUUGGUGUGAUAAUUAUUGAUGGGCAGUUUUUUCUGGGCUCAAUUUAGAAGUGGUCACCUAAAACAAGGCUGCAGAAGCUAUGGUAGAUUACAAUUAAUAUCAUCUUUGACCAUGCUGUUGAAUCUGAUGGGAACUGGACACAAACAACAGCUGGAGGAUUGCUAGUUCCCCAAUUAUGGCCUAAAACAAGCCCAGUUCAUGCUGCAACCAAAUGACCUCAUUUUAAAUAAACCCCUGAUGUUGCCCUUUCUUCUCCUAACAUUCUCCUCAACAGACAUUAAGCUCUUUUGUGUCCAUCCACAUUUGUGUCCAUGUGCACACUUUUUGGACCUUUAAAAAUUGUGGUUUGCUUGACUUUUAGGAGACAUCUGAAGGCAGCCUGAAGGCACUUUAGGGAAGUUUCUAAGGACUGAUGUUUUUAUUAGGUUUUUAGAUAUGUUGUAAGCCACCCAGAGUGGCUGGGGAAACCCAACCAGAUGGGCGGGGUAUAAAUCAUCAUCAUCAUCAUCAUCAUCCGUUUGGUUUCACAGUAUAAUACUUCCCAGAAUCCAUGAGUACCAGGGACAGGAAGUGUGCAUUGUUGCAUGACAGAGCAUAUGCUCUGUAUUUAGAUGGUCACAUGCUUAUUUGAUUCAGCACGUAAUUAAUUAAUGAAACUCACUUGCAGAAGAUGGAUUGAGGGGCACUAGCUUUAGAUAGGUCUAAAAGAGGACUGGACAAACAUUGUCCUUAUCAGUGGCUACUAGUCAUGAUUGUUUUAUACAGCCUUGUGACUCAGAGACAGUAUGCUGCUGAGCACCAGCUGCUGAGGAGCAAUAAUGAGAAAGGGCGAUUGUUCUCUAGUCCGGGCUGUGAGCUUUCCAUACAUAUCUGGCUUGUCAUGUGGGGUAACAGGAUGCUGGACAAACUGGAGAAUUGGUCUGACCCAACACCAGCAGAAGUUUUUAUUUUUGCCAAAUUUAAUACAAAUCCCUAUACACCAAGCUGGGUGGUGGUAGAAUAAGUGAAGGUGCCCCUCUGCCCAACUCUCCUGGCUAAGUCAGCCUUCUGUUGGCAAUCCUCAAUCGGUGCCAACCUUCUCCUUUUGCCGGUCAAAUGUGAAUAGGCAGGAGGGCCUCUGGCAGGAUCCCCACCAGUGGAAGGCCCUGAAACAGGGCAUUCUGAGGGAGGGAAGGGGUUGAAACAGCCCAAGAUCUGUUGGAUUCCAAGCUAGUUUCACUGGCAUCGUAAGAUAGCACGGAGCCCCAUCCAGGCUUGAUUGCUGUGCCAUGCAUGGCAAGGCUGUGGAUACAGUAGUUGCUCUGCUGCUCUGUAACAGCCUUAGUAAAGCAGCCUAAUUCAUUAAAUUCAUAACUAACUUCUCAGCAAUUUCAUACGUCCGUUAAACAAAGCAAAUGUAGCACUUCACGAGAAGUUUCCAAGAAGUCAAUAGCAGGUAGGGGGGGUGGGAAUCUGUUGCUAGACUACAGCUUCCACCACCCCUGACCAUUGACCUAGUGUGUUGGGGCUGGUGGGAGUUGUAGUCCAACAACAGAAGAGCACCCUCAGGUUUCCCACAGGGAGCAAUGUUGUGCAGCCAAACCAAAUUCAAAAAGCCUGUGCCUAAAUACCAAGCACAUAACUCCACCCUUGCAAAAGUUGAACUAUAAUUGGCAAGCUCUGACAGUGCAAUUUUUAAAUGCAUGCACACAUAGAGAGAGAACUGUGGAAAAGUUGGAGAGAAUUAUAUUACUAGAGGAAAUAGGUUGUGAGAACAAAUUGGAGCACUAUCUUAGGAACGGUGGAUUUAAUGGAAGUGUAGGAAACCAUAAAUAGCAAAGAUGGCUAUAAAGUUCUCUCUUCGUUUCCAGCAAAGAAAAAUUAA